AGUAUCAGCCGUCCUGCUCCCGCCACACACACCCAUAUCACACAUGCCGCUCCUCCACCUCUCGCUUCCGCCGCACCGUCUCCUCGUCGGCCGCCGGCGACUAUUCGCCCCGCCGACGCCUCCUCCCUCUCGUAUCUCGAUAAGGGCGGCAGCGUUGAUAUCGUCAGCCGCGGAGGACGGAAGCGAUCUCCCCUUCCCUCCAGAGCGCGCUCCCCACCACCGCGAGCUCGCCGCGGCCGCUGCCUCUGUCGAGCGCGCCUGCCGCCUCUGCGUAGACGUGAAGAGAUCACUUCUUUCAGGUGGAAGGAAGAUUCUUGAAAAGAAUGACCAAAGUCCUGUGACAAUUGCAGAUUUUGGAGUUCAGGCCCUUAUCAGCUUCGAGCUCCAGCAACUGUUUCCAUCAAUACCUCUGGUGGCAGAAGAGGACUCAACAUUUCUGAAGUCAUCUAAUCCUGAUGAUAACAGUGGUAAUGUACUCAUUGAGUCAAUUUCAAGUGCUGUCACAGACAAAGUGAAAAAUAGUGGUUCACCUUUAACUCAUGAUGAUGUGUUGAGAGCUAUUGAUAGAGGAGGCAAGGAUGCUGUCUCCUUUGAUUCAAAUCCUGCUACUUAUUGGGUACUUGAUCCAAUUGAUGGCACUAAAGGUUUCUUGAAAGGAGAUGAUGCUCUGUAUGUGGUCGGUUUGGCUCUUGUGGUGAACGGAAAGGUAGCAGUAGGAGUGAUGGGAUGUCCAAAUUGGACCACGGCAAACAAGAAAGAAGAAAAUCUUGAUCCCUGUCCUGGCAAUGGCAUCCUUAUGGUGUCUCAUGUAGGCUGUGGUACUUGGUCUAGGCACUUGUCUCCUGAGAUUGGCCAGCUCACCACAGCACAGGAUGUUUGGAAGAGAUGUUUUGUUGAUGCAUGUUCAGUUGUGCACAUGGCACGCUUCUGCAUUCCGGAUAGCCAAACUUGGAACAUGAUACCAUUAUCCCUCCUCUUUGACUCAACGACGGACGAAUCUGAUACUCGAGAUGAGAAUAAAAUUCUUCUCCGAUAUGCUUGCUGUGGCAGCUUGUGCAAAUAUAUAAUGGUAGCAUCUGGGAGAGCCUCAGUUUUUUUCAGUCGAGCCCGGGUGAACACUCAAAUCAAGGCUUGGGAUCAUGCUGUUGGGAUGAUUUGUGUGCAGGAAGCUGGCGGUCAGAUCAGUGACUGGAGUGGGAAACCGUUGGAUCUUGCAGCUGACCUAACAGGGCGCAGAAUUCUCUACCCUUCAGGCGGUGUUCUUGUGACAAACGGUGCUGUGCACGACAAACUCGUCGAACUGAUAUCAGCAAACCACGAAUAGAUGCAAUGUUUCACAGCUUCAAACAGGAGCACAAUUUUGUUUUGUCUGUAACAUUUUACCGUGUGGACCAACAAUCUGUAUCGGGUCUCGCAUUCAGAGAGGGGAAAAAAACGCAUCCUUGUUCAGAAUAUUUUACAUGAAUCAAACAGCACAGUUCCCUUUGACUAA